CAAACUUACGGCCUUAUAGUGCAAGACCAGUUAUUUCCGAAAUGCGUCGGUUCAGUCACUUCUGAGGGACACUUGCCAUAUGACAUUAAUAGCAAUACUGCAACUUACAAACAUUGCUCGAAGCAAAGCGAGCCGCCCUGAGGUUCGAUAUGCGCUUUGUGUUCUUUUCCGCCAAAGUGGCUAUGCUCAGUACUUAUUGCGUUGUCGUCUUGGUUAUUCAUUGUUAGUGGGAAAGUGUAACUCCGCUGUAACGAAGAGGAAGAAAUACAUACGGUUGUUACCGAAUCAGUAGCGAGUGCAGAUUAUUUCGUGUGUAGUGAUGCUUGUGUGUAUGCUGCAUAAAUAGUUUCUCAGUGAUUGGUCCACCGAAAGGAGUUAAGAUUUGGAACGCCAAUACUAGUAUAUCGUGAGAUGGCUGAAGAAGAAGAAACCGGAAAGGAAUAUCGGUGGGAAACUGGAUAUGAAAAGACUUGGGAAGCAAUCAAGGAAGAUGAGGAAGGUCUUCUUGAAGGAUCUGUUGCGGAUAUCAUCCAAAGAGCAAAGAGACGAAGACAGGCAGACAGGCGUGGAAAUGUUCGUCUUGGUAUGAUGAGACAUCUUUACCUAAUUGUUGACUUUUCAGAAGCAAUGUCAAAUCAAGAUCUGAAACCAACAAGACAUCUUUGUUCCAUUAAGCUUUUGGAAUCUUUCAUCGAUGAAUUUUUUGACCAAAAUCCAAUUAGUCAGCUUGGUAUAAUCAUAACAAGGAACAAGCGAGCUGAAAAAAUUACUGAACUUGCAGGCAAUCCAAGAAAACAUAUAAAGGCGGUAAGACAGCUUGCAGAAGCAACAUGCAGUGGAGAACCUUCUCUUCAAAAUGCUCUAGAACUGUCUCUGAGGUCUUUGCGUCUUCUGCCAUCCCAUGCAAGCAGAGAAGUCCUUGUUAUAUUUGGUAGCCUUACUACUUGUGAUCCUGGAGAUAUAACAGUCACCAUAGAGUCUCUGAAAAAGCAAGGUGUACGGUGCUCAGUAGUGGGCCUAGCAGCAGAAGUACACGUAUGUCGUCGCCUAAGCCGAGAGACUGGGGGUGAGUUUGGUGUUGUUCUCGAUGACUGCCACUACCGUGACCAACUUUUUAUGCAUGUUGAGCCACCACCAGCUGCAUCCUGCCUGGAAUCUUCACUUAUUAAAAUGGGCUUCCCACACCACACCACAGCAGAGGGGAAAGAAACUCCUCUCACCAUCUGCAUGUGCCAUUUAGAUGUACCAGCAGCAGAAGCCAAAGGUGUGAGCCAUAGUGGAGCAGGAUACUUCUGCCCUCAAUGUUGUAGUCGAUAUUGUGAACUGCCUGUUGAAUGCCGAGCAUGUGGGCUCACACUUGUCUCUGCACCUCAUUUGGCCCGUUCUUACCAUCAUUUGUUUCCUGUGGAAAAUUUUGUUGAAAUGGAACAAAAUCUUGAUCUUCACAAACAGUGCUACGCCUGUCAGAGGUCAUAUGGAGAUCAUGAUAAACAUGUGUAUGAGUGUGGACGUUGCAGCCAAGUGUUUUGUUUGGACUGUGACUUGUUUAUCCAUGAUACGUUGCAUACAUGUCCGGGAUGUGCUACAAAUCAACAGACUUUCCAUCUUAUGGGAAGCGGUGAUAAUGGAAGUUCACUUUCUAUGAAUUUAAUAUGAAUAAAGACCGAGAUACUUGAUGCCUGAGUCCGAAUCAUGUUAUUAUUUUUAUAAUGUAUUGGUAUUUAAGUAUGUAAUUACUUCAUUUGAUCAGAUCAUUUUUUAAACUGUUUUUUUAUUACAUUCUUUUGGCCCUGAAGUUACAUGAAUGAACACUGUAUGAAUUUGUGUGUUAUAUUACAUUUAUAUGGAGUGCAGCAGCACUGCAGUGUUUACAUUUUUUUCCUGUGUAGUUGCAAAGAGAUAAUUAAUUGCUCCAUAGGAUCUUUUAAGUGUCUUGUACUUUCUGAAUCCAAUUAUCUUUUUUAAAAUGUUUGUGUAUGAACAAGUUUUCAAAUUUCAUUAUGAAUAAUAAAUUUCAUUUAUAGUCCA